CCCAUCUUUAUUCUCUUCUUCAUUUCCCCCUCCAUUUAAACCAACCCUCUUCUUCUUCUUCCUCUUAAACUUCCAGUCACUAACACCCACAAAAAUGGAAGAAGCACUAAGAAGGCUAAACGGGAUGAACCACGUCCUCGAAUCCGACCCCUCUGACUCCCUCCCCGACCAUCAGAGAAAGUGCACCAUCACCGCAGCCACCGCCACACCGGCCGUCAACGCCACCGCCUCAAACAAGAGGUCGCUGAAAGAGAACGGUGGCAACGGUGGAACCAUGCGGUACCGUGGGGUUCGCCGCAGACCUUGGGGCCGUUACGCCGCCGAGAUAAGAGAUCCACAGUCGAAGGAGAGGCGGUGGCUCGGAACUUUCGACACCGCCGAGGAAGCUGCCUGUGCUUAUGACUGCGCGGCUCGAGCCAUGCGUGGUCUCAAGGCUCGAACCAACUUCGUGUAUCCUACUGCGCCUGAGCCUCACCCCUCGGCUGACCAUCUUCUCCCCGCUUCUUUUAACUUUUCCAAGCAAUCUCAGCCUUCCAGUCGUCACUUUCCUCCAUCUUCUCACUGGCCAUCUGCUGCAAAUUACCCUUUGGGUGAUAUCUCCUGUGGCUCUCCCUCUCGCAGGAAUCCUUCACUGAACGUUCUCGUCCUACGUGACUUCUUGAAUUCCUCUUCCUCGUCUUCUUCCUGCAGUCAACUUUCGUAUGAUCAGUUUCCAUGCACUUUGCCCCUUGGUUUCUCAGCGAAUCCUUUUGAUAGUUUUACGACCUCUGUUCCACCGGCUGAUGAUCAUUGUCAAGGCCAGAACUCGGGGGAACAGGUAAUUAACGGAUGCACUCAGGCUGAUGGUGAGAUUAAUUUCCUCCCUCAAGAAUCUCCAGAUUCCGGGCUGUUACAAGAGAUCAUUCAAGGAUUCUUUCCAAAACCCUUGGCCAAGAUACACAACGACGACUGUUUAAAAGGUUCAUGUUACACCCAACAACACCCAGUAACUGAGAUUCAAGAAGGUAUGAAGAGUGAGAUAAAGACUGAGCCUUGUGAUGCGUACUUCCGAGGGGGGCCGCAGCAACUCCAGAGUUUGAACGGGUUGGUGGGUAAUGGAGAGGAAAUGGCAGGAAGCUUUCAGGUGGGUGAAGUCUCUAUUUUGGAUGAUAUUUUCCAAUACCCGGAGCUCCUGAGUUCGAUUGCAGCAAGGGUCCAGAAUACUUGAUCUGUUUAUGUGCAAAUAGGGUUUUGUGGUAGAAAAUCUAGGUAUGCAAGUCACGGCUUGGAGAACUAAAUGUUUAUUUUUUAGGGUUUUGCAGUAUCUCAUGGUUUCCUUCCGUUAUCUAUAUUAUG